AUGCUCUAUCCGUCAGCAUUGUGGACAUCCAUGGAAAUGACAGCUGUGGAUUUGGUACACUGUUUUGCUCUUGCGGUGAUACCCGUCCAUUGGAUGCCCGGCGAUCAGCCGCUCCCCUCCAUGCCCACACAGUUGAUAAUGGAUGUGGAUUCCCCACCGCUUGGCCUCGGUCUCUAUCCAAUAACAAGUGGUUUUUUCAUGUUUACGCCUUGCAUGAAAGGCCCUUUCGUACAGGGACUCUGGUGCCAGAUCUUUUCUCCCGGACAGACUAUUUUUGUUUGUCGAUCUGUGCACCUUGCCGCAUGUUGUAAAAGAUUACAUAAUGUCUGAAUCUUGCCCCGCAGUGCGCACAUACAAACGUUUUGGCCGCCUUCUCCAGGUCCGUGAUUAAAAGGCGUGCUCUUUGUGAAUCCGGCUAGUCAUUGGUUGAUAUUCUUCCUCUUCCUCUUCCUCUUCCUCUUCUGGAGUAAAAUGCCCCCGCAACGUAAAUACGCACUACCCACAUCAUAGACAACUAUUUCUUGGUGGAAAUACCUCGCAAUCAGUGGGAUAUGCUGCAAUUCCACCUUCGCAUUUGGAAUUUCAUGUGUGGCAAAAUAUUCUUGUGCCAUUUGCCUGUUAUUCUCAUGUUGUUCUUUUUAUGGGCUUCUUUGUGCACCACCAAACAACAGAAAACACAGAGAUUGUUGUUAAAAGUAUCCAAUGCAUACAAACCUUUCUUGGUGCAAAGCCAUUCUGACAAACACCCUUCCCCAACAUGCAGCGGUUGGUUGUCCAAAUGUACACUGAUUUGGACCGACAUAUAGGCGGCAAACACAAAUUUUGUGUUCGGCCAAGUGAAUGUUUCAUUUUCCAACCCUGCGGUUUCUUGUCUCUCAAUCCAGCCCCGGGCCUCUCGAAGAUUGGGAAACCACGGGAUUUUCAUUCCUUCUUCCAACCAUGGAAGCUUUUUGUUGGUUUCAAUAUUUUCGAAGCCGGUUGUAGUAUGAAUAAUUUAUUCUGAACAGGCUUGCCAACCCCCAUUUGAUUCUGUCCAGGAUUUGCCCAGCAAGCGAAUGGAUCAAGUUUGAGAGAUAAUGCCAUUUUAUGACUUGUUGCCCACGCCCAUUGACAACAAUGUUUUGAAUCUCUUGGACCACAUUCUUAUACCAAGCCGGUAUGUUUCGUGGGGCUGGUUGGGCUUCUCGCAAAUUGUCAAAUUCUCGCAGUAUUUGCGCCCUUGGCCUUCUUGGCAGUGGCAUAGGUAGUUGUGGCACUGGUUUGGGCUCCAAAGGCGGUGGCAACCCUUCUGAGAUUCCACGGCCAAACAUUUGUUUUUGUCUGAUGUGAACAAAUGAGUUGCCGUUGUUGUAUAUAUGUUUGCAAAAAAGUGCCAAUAUCUAAUAGGCCACUCGCGCCCGGCUUGCACCGCAACUAUGAGAAAAUUCUGUCUGCUGUGGCCAUCUCGGCAAGCGAUUAAUCUACCAUCUCAGGAUAUUUUCUGUUUCUCUUGGGCGCGAAAAUGGACCUGUUUUUGUGGGGUUGCCAUCUGCAGACAGGGGAAAGCAUGUAGACUUUUUUUGGGAAAGCAAGUAGUAUGUCUGGAAUCUAAAUGAAAUCCAAUUUUUCCGAAGGUAUGGCUGUAAGGUAAAAAUGAGUAAAAUGGGGCCAUGUGGCCCUCCGAAAAAGUGAAUUCAUUUUGAUUCCAGACAUACUACAGUCUUGAUGAAGGCAACGUUGUUACCAUGGUGGCAAUGGAUUUAUCCAAGGUGUUUGAUAGUCUUCUUUACUCACUGCUUAUAAGCAAGCUUCGGACAGGCAGAAUUUAGCGGGUGAAGUUUGGCGAUAAAAUUUCUGGUUGGGAGCUAAAUCAACGAGGUGUACCCCAGGGCAUUGUUCUCCUUGUCAGGCGAUAACCUGUAAAACUUACCGCUUGAAGCAACACUUUGUACCACCUCCAACCGCUUGAAGUGUUUCAUUCAGUAAUUGAUUAAAUAAUUAUUCGAAUAUGUAUAUGUUUCCUGGUAAAAAAUAAAAACCUUUAAAUUAAAGACAAUGUAAAAGCUUGAAGUUUGUAAUGAAAUCUCUUUCACUUAUAAUAUGUGUAAACAGAGAUGAUGUUUUAGACUCUCUGCUUAGAAAUAGUACUAUUCCUGCUUUCUUAAAUGCAGUUGUCUCCUUUUUGACAGGCUGCAAAAAAGAAUGAAAGUGACUUGUCAAAUAAUCUCAGCGGAGGUGAAAAAAAUCCCACAGCAGGAAAAAAGAAGCGAAAAAGGAAAAGAAAAGCUAAGGUAUUAUUUUAUAGGAUGAUAUGCAGCCAACUCCAAAAUUUUUGUCUUGACCAAGAUGUGAUACAAUUUAUUCUUUUUCUAACUUCUGAGUCUUUUUUCACAGGAAGCCUCAGAAUCACAAGAUAUCUCUAGACAAAAACUUGCGGAAGACAACAAGAAAGAGGAUAAGGAGAUUAAGAGACUAGAGAAACUUUUAAGACUUGACAAGAAAAAGAAAGUUCCCAGUCAGUUUAGUCAUGAGGGACUGGAUUGUAUCCUUGGAAUCUACAUACAUGUAAUAAUUUUCUUUUUUAAACAUUUCCAUGUUUGUACAUUGUAUGAACUAAACAGUCACUCACUCUGAAUUAGUUCCUAACCUUUCUCUCAAAAUGUCACAAUUUCAGAGUAUUCAAAGUUUGGCAAUGCUUAUUUUUUUUUAAAGUUUCCCUUAAGCUUAAGCGGGUCACAUAUAUAUCAUGAAGUUUUAAAUUUCAUGGCACUAAAAGUUUUUAUCUUAUUAUUUUAAAAAUUUCAUGCAAUAGUGCGUCCACCAUUUCCUCAUUUCUCCUAAUUACUGUCACAUAAUAGACUUAUUCGCAAUGAAUGUUUGCUGUUUGUUCAUUAUCUUAUACUGCAGCUGCUGUGUUGCCUUGACUCAUUUGACACCAGAUUUGUUGGAAGUUUGUGAUCCUUUGUUAAUGACAGGAAGGACUGGUAGCAGUGAUGAUGACGAGGAGCCUGAACAGAAGACAAAGCUGGCUCAUGGCAAGGUAUUCCUCCUUUUAAGUUUUAAUGACUUUCCUUUGGGUAGGCAUAAAUAGUUUUUGAAAUUACACUUUACUAGUAUUCAAAAAAUAAUUACCUAAAACUAUGUAUUUUCCUUUUUGAAAUGAUGGUUAAUAUUACUUUGUAAACAUGUAAAAACUAACGAGACAAUGUUCCGACAUUUCGGCGACAUCAUGAAGCCAUUAUCAAGGAAUGGAAAUAAAAUAAAAGGAGCUGAAGUACUCUAAAUUUGCAUGUGAACACGGCUAGACAUAGACUUUAGCUCGGAUUGAAUUUGUUUGCACAUUCUAAGGCGGCAAGGUCAAAAGCGAGCCUCAAAUUAACAACUUUCGAGGGUUGCUGACCCGCAGCCAUCGUGGGCUUCUGCGGGAAUGGCGGUAUAUGAUAUGACACGGGUAGUUAUAACCUUUUAUUAAAAGCUCCAUACCACAGUCCAACCCGGAUUUGUGAGUAAGAAAAUUGGCCAGGACCUCCACGAAUGUACGUGAGUCAUACAAAACUGCAAGUGCUUAAUCAACAGUGCAUAGUGUACCAGUUGCAAUGUAACCUGUGCAUUACAGGCAGCUACAGUCGACUCCCGACGACUCGAACCUUCAAGGAAAGUCAAAAACAGUUCGAAUUAUCAGUAGUUUGAAGCAAAUGACCAGUAGUUAGGAAAUGGGAUGGGGAAGGGAUGCAAGUAUCGUGUACACUUCUCUUCAAAAGCAGCAAGAGAUAUAUUAAAUAUAUCCCUUGCUGCCCUUGAAAAGAAGUGUACAUUUUAUAUUUUGAAAAAGAAAUUUAGCAACAAAGCCUUGAUUAAUCAGUACAGCGCUAACCAUUGUAUUUGAAUUGGACUCCGACAAAACAGGAAAGAGUCUGAAAGAGAAAGAAUAUACGAGAGAAAUUCCAUGUUUUGGACUGCAGUUCACUGCGUUUCUUUUUCAAAUUUAAAUGCGCUUAAACCAUGGUUCAAGUUAUCGACGGUAAAAUCUUAUAGAAAUGAUCUGAAGGGAAACAAAAGUUACUUCGAGUUUAAUAGCAGGAGAUUUGAGUUAUCGAGGGUAACAUUACAUUAAGUGUAUGAAAGAAAUCCAAGGGAAAUCGAUUUUGGUUCGAGUUAGCGCGAGGCUUGAGUUAGCGAGGGUUCGAGUUAUCGGGAGUCGACUGUACAUUAGUUGUACGUCGGGGCAUCUUUUCACAUGCGUGGAUGGCCACAAAAGUAUAAAUCAUCCUCUGUGCGCAAACGCUAUGAUAAAGACCACGUGGGAGCUGUCCCGGAGGACCUUUUCAGCUGCUUUAGGGUGCUGAAAAAGUGUACUGCCUCGUUAACGAAAUGCUUUACAUCAAACAAUUAAGACUGCCUUUGAAGGUGCAAACGGAUUCAAUCCGUGCUAACGUCUUUGUCUAGCUGUGUUCAUUCAUGCAAAUUUAGUGUACUUUAACCCUUUAUUUCUAUUACUUUAUAAAGGCGUCAUGAUGUCACCGAAAUAUGGGAACAUUAUACCAUUAUGUUUCUUCAAAUCAUCAUUGAUUAGUAUUACUUUAGGUUAAUCAGUAACAGGACGUGAAUUACAUGUAACUAUCUUUUUUUUCUCAUCUUUUAAAAAGGCCAACCAAAACCGAAGAAAGACACUUGGCAUGGAUCAAUUGAGCUUUAGUGAAGAUGAACAAGAAGAUUUGGUUAAUAGCAGUAAUGAUGAUGUUGUUGACGAUGAUGAAGGCGAUGAUGAUGACAACGAUGAUGAUGAUGAUGAUGAUGAUGAUGGUGGUGGUGGUGGUGGUGAUUAUAAUGAAGGUGGUAGUGACAUUGAUGAGGAGGGAAAAGCCUUUAACACCAAAGAUAAAAUUGGUCGUGGUAUGGACCACAAUGACAAGGACAGUAGUAAGAACAAAGAUGCAUAUGAGGAGGAGGAGGAGGAGGAGGAGGAGGAGGACAAGUUCAUGGACAAUGAUAAUGAUGAUGAUCAUGCUAUGAAUAACAACAAUAAUGAUGUUGAUGAUGACGACAAUGAAGAUAAUACUCAGAACAUUACUUGUCACAAGUAUGUUCCUCCUCAUCUGAGAAGGCAACCUUCAUCUGAAGCCCAGCGUGAACACUUAAACAGAAUCAGACGUCAGGUGAAAGGUCUACUAAACAGGUAAACCAUUUAAUGAGUAAAAUAUUAGUAUUUUAGGAACGCACUAAAGAUUAAAAUUCAUAACAACCGGUCAUUCAUAGGAGUACCACCCUCACCGUUAAUUCCCUUUAGUUGUGUAUAUUUAUUGGCUACCCAGAGUAAGGCUGUUCCCUUUAAAUCAUAUGCUUUCAUAAACUAAUCUUGUUUGCACUUUGCGCAGGCUUAGUGAAGGAAAUAUGUCUGUUAUCAGCGGUGAAAUAGAGAAUCUUUUUACUCACAACAGUAGAAAUGGUAGGUCUGCUAUAAUAACAUUGCUACUUUUUCAACGUUUCAAGCCAGAACAAUACUGGCGUAGUGACCCUCGAAAACGUAAACUGACAAAAAAAAAAAACAUUAGUAAAAGUCGUAUCCUGUAAGUCCAUUGACUGAUUCAAGCGGGACACGAGUCCUUCCACCUUGUUUGGAACAAGGUAAUCAAACUGCAGAAGAUCUAAGCUGUUUCAUUUACGAUAAAAUACACAAGGUUUUAUUGACUAGCACUCCCAGCCUCGUUGCUUUAAACUUAUCGUGAGAGGUGGAGUAGCUCACACCUGUGCUAAUUGGACCCACUAAGAACUUAAAUAAACACCUCACCAAGGCAAAAAAAUAUGCCAAAAACUCCUCCUCAUUUUACCACCUGCACCAGUACUAUUGCUAUAACACAUUUAGCAAUUUUUAGAGUAUCUGGUAAAUGUGAUUUAGGUUUGGCUCUCAAUGUCCUUUGUUCCCUAACCUGAACAAGGGAAAUUGAGAAUCAACAUAGGUCAAUACCACUUUUAACCAAACUUAUUUUUUAGACUGCAACAUAUGUGUUCAUCUCUUCCUUACCAGAUAUGAACAAGAUCUUAAGUGAACUUAUACUAGGAUCAUGUGUGUCGAUAUCUUUGAUGCCUGAUAAACUCCUGAUGGAGCAUGUUAUGUUACUAGCAAUUCUCACAAGUCAUAUUGGAACUGAAGUUGGUGAGUGAAACACAGUGUCUUUGCAUUGAGGGUUUUGCCACCACUGCCACUUUUGCAACUUUUGACAACUUGGUGGGUUCCAAAUAAUACAGUCAAUCAAAAUCCGAGUUAUCUUAAAAGCAGAUUCAUGUUUUGCAAUUCAAGGUUUCCUUUCUGUUCCUUUGAAAUUCCAUGACUCUACCUCCCAGGCAUAUUUUUACCUUUUGUUUUUUACCUCGAAAAGAAGUUUAGGUGGCUACAUCCACCUUAGCCACAUUUCCACACAGAUCUUUCUUUUUUUAAACAAAAUUCAUUCUUGUAUUAUCUGACCUAAAAUCACAGUAAAAGCUUCUCACACCAGCGGGGAGGUGUCCAGUUAGUGCUAAGUUGGAUCUUAGGACCAGCUGUUUUUCAUGUUUCGCAGCGUCCGCUAAAACCAAUUUUAUUGUUUUUCGCAAUAUCAUGUUCCAAAAAAGAAUUAUUUAUUCAUAUCUGUAUCACGAUUCCUUAUUAGGUGCCUUCUUUGUUGAGAGGCUUGCAGAAAUGUUUGACAAUAUGCACGACAGUGAGAAAGAUAGCUAUGGAAGAGGGAAAGAGUGUGUCAACAUAGUGGCCUUAUUUGCUCAUCUGUACAAUUUUAAGGUAAAUUAAUACUUUAGAAUUGAUAGUUAACCUAGAUUCUCUCAAGUUGACCAAGAAUAUAUUAUAUAAGGUCCUAAUUAUCCUGUAAAAUUUCGCUAGAAGAACCGAAAAAGGUAGAGGACGCCCAAAGAGAGCCAAUGUAUAUUUUACCCUAUUCGCCUGUGAUGUAGUCGAGAUUUGCGACGCUACCAUUGGUUGCCCCACCAAAUGACGUCUGAGAAACGAGCGCAGAAAUUUCAUACUGCUGACGCGUCACUACCCAGAUCUGGGUAGUACUCUGAUUGGCUGAAUCUAAUUUCCCAAGCGGCACGACCAAUGGUAGCGUCGCCAUAUGUCGGCCGUUUUCUCAGGCUAUGUGGAAUGCCCUUGUACUAUUCUUCAUUUAUUUACCACUCCUCCUUCAGCUGGCUUUUAUUUCUUGAUCUUUCUCCUCUACCCAGUUAGAGAUUUUGCACCCGUCGAUGUCCUCUAUCAAAACAGGUGCAUCCUGCAUGCACAUUUCACACCAAUCCAACAAGUACUUAAAAAUAGUUCAGAAUGUUUUUUCAGUGUGGGAUUUUCUCAUCUCUCGCAUGUCAAACAUUAACAUUUCCUUUCAGGUUAUUGACUGCUGUCUUAUUUAUGACAUAAUCCGCCGCCUUGUGGAUACAUUCUCUGAGCAAGACGUUGAACUUCUCCUACUUGUCUUAAAAAGUACGAAAUAUGACCUAAACUGUAUUACUUUAGAAGUAACUAGCUUUCUCCUUCCUUUUAUUUUCCUUUGGAGUCUUGAAAUAACACCCUCUUCUAAAAUGGUGUCGACAUUUCAUCACAAUUAACCGCUAAUAUUACCCGCAAGUGAUAUCCAAACAUCAACAACCUUAAUUUGUCAUAAACUACCAAAACUUAACAAAGAGAACCCAGACUGUUUCCUCACAUACCACAUGUAGUAUUUUGUAGUUACGCCCAAAAACAUUUUAUUGUAUGCCGGUGCAAUUCAGCAGGCAUAGCUGCUUGUCUUAUUUCAGAAGACUAUGCUCUUUCUGAAAUGAGGUAACUGCAAGCCUCUUUCUACGACUUCAAAUGAUAAGUAUUGUUUUCCUACAGGUAAUGGAGCAGAAAUCAGAAGAGAUGAUCCAGCUUCAUUAAAGGUACCAGUAUGCACUAUGUUGACACUGUUAAGUAUCUUAUUAUCCACUCCCCUUAGGGUUUUUCAGGAAUAAUUUACAACACUGGUUGGAGGACUUUUUAGCUAGACGGCUUCUGUUUAUCUUUCUGAUUAUCAUUUGGAAUUAAAAUGAAAAUGUUCUUCAAAACUUACGUUUCAUGAAUAUACCUGUAUCAAAAUAUGGAUCCUCUGUUAGCCUGAGGUGUUCACAAGGGUAUGAUCCAGUGGGACAAGUAUCUAAACCUGACAAAAAGAAAACGUAAAAGCAAAGCUGAAAAAAACGUGACAACAAGGUGUAGAAGAAGGAGGAGACAGGCCUUCCCGCUAUCCAAUGCAUGGCACUAUUACCUCAACUCAGUGUAUCGGAAGAAGAAAAGAAGGCUGUGACAAACCUUCUUUAAAAGUACAAACAACCGCUUCUACCACUGACCCCAUACAACGGCCGUGAUGUGGUGUCCGAUACACGAUGAGGUGAUGCAGUUUCACACCUCUAAGAAUGGUUGUCACUUUACGAAAUGUGAAGUGUAAAAUUCUUGGUUAUUUCCUAGUCAAGUAGAGGCGCCCCCUUACAUAAAAUGCGUUCGUCAACAACUCUAUCGUAAACUGAAACUGCAGUUUCCCAUCCUGACUUACGAUCGUCAUUAUCCCGCUAAACCAAGGCUGAGGGUCAGUAAGUCCAUCAAGAAUCCUAGACGCUUGUUCUUUAAUUCCACCAACUUGAAAAAUAUGAUUUCUCUCAGUGGCCCAACCUGCCAUGAUGCAAGCAAAACAGAGAUUCCCUCGAAGGAAAACAGUACCAUCAGCUGAAACCUGAAAAGCACCAUCUUGAGCAAGUUAAGCAACCUGAUUCCUCGGUAGCCAGCAGUAUUUAGGGGGUUUCUUUUUUUAUUUCGGUGGACAAAGAGGGGACAGAAAACUCUAACGUACGAUUGAACUAAUUUGCACAAACAUGCAGCUAUCAGAAGGUAGAAAUUCUAAAACGGUAACCUUGUAAACAUCACAAUGACGACAAAGUCGGCCCUGCAAAUUAUUUGUAUCUAUGUGUUGUUUUUAAAAUCGUGUAGAACAUGCAGUCUGAUCACUUUGUGCCAGUUUUACUCAUUCUUUUGAACAGAUGGUUUGCGCUGUAUUCCCUAGUGGUAAAAGGGCACUAUAAAAAGGCUAACCGAAUCGAUACUUAAUUUAACCCUAACUCCUGUUUGCUAUGAAUAUGGCAAAGAAUUUGCGAAUAAUCUCUUGAAAAAGAGAAAAGUGAAGUCGAGAGAGAUCUGUCACUUCAAAUCAAAAGUUUCGUAGCUGCAACACUCUCGGCGACAAUACAAGGCUCUGUCCCUAGACCUCUUCUUGGUGGAAAAGUCCACCUUAACAAGAAUUUUUUAGCAACUCUCGUCGUGAAACAUUUGGACCAUUCCAGAGAGCUACUUCUACAGAAGCGGUUGUCUGAAGAAGGCCAGCUAAUACACUGUCUCCGCUGCCAUCUACGCUCAAAAAUGAAGCAGGAGAGGGAAGAACAAAAUAUCAAUGGCUAUUGUAAGAGCCAACAAAUCUUGUAAAACUUAAUGACCGAUGAUAGGAACUUAGGAAAAACAACAUUUACUUUUUGUCAGCGGAGAGUUCGAGUUACCGAGGUACUACUGUAUCUCGCAAAACCUCGAAGAGGAAGCCAGAAAAAGUCAGCUGAAGGGGAACCGUUUAGGAAAAAGCCGAAUGCAUUCCACUAUACCACGCACAUGAAGGCAUUCGUUUGGAUCCGUGAGGUACAAUCCAGGUCUCUGAUGAGUGACCAAGAUCAUGUCCAACUCCGCGCGGGGCAAGUUAGGCAACAAUUAAACAAGUUCCAGGUUAAAGAAAUCGUCGACCACGUGCCUUUUCACAAGUUCCUGGACUUGGACAGGCAUGACAUCAGAUACUUGAGUUCACCCACUGAGGAGAAGGUAGAAGAGCAUUACAAACAGCGAGAGGAACGAUACAAGGCUAUCACCGAUCCUGAACAUAUUUGUCGCUUGCUUCACCACUUGUUGCGCACGAUUACACUUAUACGAAGCUUUGGAGCUCUUGGGAAAACACUGUCUUUAUUAUGAUGCAGACUCGAUCAUUUUCAUCAGUCGGCCCGGCAAAACCGACCCACUUCUCGGCGAUAUUUUUGUCGAAUUCAAAGAUUAGCUCGACACGGGAGACAGCAUCGUCGAAAUUGUAUCGGGUGGUCCCAGGAACUACAGGUACAAGACAUUGCGUAGCAAAACUUGUUGCAAAGUCCGACGUUUCAGCCUCAUUAAUGAAUGGAUCGGCCCAAUUAAAUUACCAAGUGAUGAAGCAAAACGUCCUAGACGAGGUGCAGAAACCGCCAAAGAGUAUGCACCAAAUUCAGGUGGCCAACAGUUUCCAAAUACUCCUUUCCAGAGUACAAAACGUUUCAGUUGGUUCACACAAAAAGAGUAUUGGAUCCACUGACCUUUAUCAAACACCCAUACGGAUACAAAGACGUGGAUGAGAGAAACAUCUACAACUGGUUGAGCCCGCCUACUGGACCAAGCCCGUGUGAUCCACUACACAUUACUACUGGUAUGAUAUUAUACGAUCCAGUAUGCACUACCUAUAAUCCAUAAGAUUACAAACGUGCAGCGGAGGUCAUAGAAAGGAAAGGCCUUAUAAAUUUUGAAACAUUUUUUGUAGUAUUUGUUAUUGUCACUUUUAAGUGCUGGAAAAAUGAGCACACAGUAUCGCUAAAGAAAUGUUAACUGUUCGUGUUGAAUUUUUCCAUUCUGUCAUUUUCAGAAAUGGAAAGUGUAGACCAGAGGCUACAUGUAUUGCUAAGAAAAUAGACUUUUCAUUGUUGUCCAGUUCAAACUGAGCACACUUUGAGGCUUUUAUAUUUAGUCCUCUGGAAUAGAUUCUAUGCAUGUGCAUUCAACCUUGGCAAUACAAAAUAUAUCCGUUUCACAUAUUUCUUCAUCUGUAGGAUAUUAUCUUACAAAUCCAGGCAAAAGCAGCUUCUUCAGCCCACGUGACUAGCAAGUAAGAAUUCCAUUUAGUGCUUGAUAUAAUCAACAUAGUGAAUGAGUGGCCACCAGUAAAUAUCCUUGAUUUAAAUGUUACCCUCCUUUGAUUAAAUCUAAUUAUCUCAUGUCAUAUUCAGAGACAACGGAUGACCAAUUUGAACAAAAAUCGAAUGCAAAAACACUUAAGAUAUGUGUUGAUUGAAAACCAGUUGUAAUGAAGAUUCUUGAAUAUCAUGACAAGGGAGGCACUGGUGAUGCUCAAGAUCAAGCGCAAAAGUAUCCUGUUGAUAAAGAUUUGCAGGACGACACUGUAACAUCCCCUGUUCCAAUUUUAUUUCACCCGUUGGAACCAAAAAAGUACCAGUAUCUUUCUAUUUUAUCAAUAUUUCAUUAAAUUAAUAUUUCUGCCUGUUGUUUAGUUCAAGAGUCCGUUUUAUGUUGGAGAUCAUAUCCAAUUUACGAAACAAUAACUUGAGGAAGAUACCAGGUUAUGAUCCUUCGAGAUUAGAACAUCUUAGAAAAGUUCUUCGCUCACUUGUCAGAGAUUCAAGUAAGUUAAUUUAUAAAUAAUGAGUACUGUACCAUGGGUAAUGAAAGGUAAAGGGACUUAAAAUGGUUGAAUCUCAAAGUCUUAGUAAGACGACCAAUCACUAAGUUCUCCCUUCUCCAGUCCUGUAUAUGAAAUUGCACAUUGUUUGUGUGUUUCGACAACAUUCCCUGAAACAAUUGAGAGAUCAAUAAUUGUAUGUUUUGAUUGGUUAUUGAGGGGAAUGUCCAUUCGCCGCAGUAGCUGACCGGUUCGCCCCCAGUGAUGAUCCCAGAAACAAUUGUAGGACACAUUUCGGACACACUUUCUCGUAUCUAAAGUAGUGAAUGGUCCCGAGGUGUACACCAUUACGUAACUCAGUAGUAUAGUAUGGAUGGAUAGUCUUUUUUGCGGUGGAAUCUCAUCAAUUUGUGCCAUGUGAAGAGCAGUUGAAUAUUCUGUGUCAUUCAUAGUUGGUUAAACUGGCUUUAAAAAGUUUUAGUUGCUUUGUUCAAGUGAUGACCGUAUUUGAGCCUCGCAAGAUUCCACCGCAAAAAAAGGGAGUAAAACCUUUUUCCAUACUGCUGAGUUUACAAGUAAAUGUUUCCAAGUUAAUCGAAGGUAGAUGUUUGUUUAAGUCGUUUAAAACUAGAUCAACUCGUUUAACUUGUUUCAAAGUAGAGAGACUCAUAUAAUUCAAAGGCGGUGAAACCCUCUCUUUCCCAGUCGAUUUUUUCCCGUGAAAUCGCUAUAAUUCUUUUUUGUGGUAAGCUGAAAGCACGACUCAUUUCCUGCAAAUAGUCAGCUAACCUUUACUACUGAAUAUCUCUUUUCACACCUGACUUAAUUUAUUUUAGGCCAAGCAGCUAGUAAUCAGCUGAAAAUUUCUUUAGAAGAUUUACUUAAACCAGAAACAAAAGGUGGGUUUAGUUGUUUUCUGUUUUAUUAGUUUGAAAUAAAGUGUUACUAACCCGGACAUGGUUUUCGCUAAUCGAAGCUCCCUUAUUGUUCUGCUUACGUCGAUGCGCCCUUCCUUUAUUGUUUUAAAAUUUAACAUUGUUUCAAAUUUGGUUGGUUUUUGCGGCAAUUACCGAGCACUGCGAAGAAUGGGUCCGAGCUUUGUUGUAACCCCACAGAAGGAGAUCAAUUUCACGCGAGCAACAUGAACUUCUCUGAAAUCAGAGCUGGAUGCAGCCGAUCACCAAAGAGGUAUCGUGCUCCAUAAAAUUCCAUUCUGGGGUGAUACGCACGCUGAAUGUAUUAAGACAAGAAGGUUAAGAUCACGUAAAACACUUCCCCCUUUCUCGCUUAACCGCAAUAUUCUUAUGAGUAUGCGCCAAAUGGUCUCCUUAGAAGGUGUCAAAACAGCCUCGUACCUAACUCCCACAAAUGCUCGGUAAUGGGACAAAAGACUCCUAACGGUAACGCGGGGAUUUUAUCAAACAUGAUAAUUUUUUUUUGCACAAAUCACCGGGACAGUUAUCGAUUUCCUUUAACGAGAAACAUGAAUGUUUCGGGGUUAUUUGCACUAUAACAGGACAAAGUUGUCGAAGAUGUUGUUUUGAAUGAGCAUUGUAUGUGUUUUUGCUGAUGCCAAGGUUAUUUCGAGUAAACAGUCACUGUUGGUAAGUCAAUGGCCUGUAAAAGUUACUUUACACCUAGUUCAAAACCUUUAUCAUAUGGAACACCCGCAAAUGGAAUGUUGUGAAACAAGUGCGGUAACUGAGAGUUCUGUUACUUUUAACCAUAAAACACGAGUAGUAUAGUGGGGUUCGUUUACUCUUUUUUUGUGGUCGUGCUAUUUUAAGUGGUUCAGCUGGUUUGACAGGUUUCCUAGUUAUUCUUUGGUCGAUGAAUUUGUUGGUUUUUGAUUUAUAGACUAGAAACUAAGAAAAGUAUUUAUUGCUUGAUUCAUGUUGUCCAAGGAAUAAGUGCUAACUCACUGGUGACUCUAUUUCCUGCCACUCUCAUUUCAGAAAACAAAUUGUUCCAGUUCCGGUUCACUGAUUCUUGGCGCGCAAGUCGUGCACAUAAUUGAGGGCAAUGCAAAAUAGAUUUUUCAAGGACGAAACACGAUUUUUACGUACUCUCUCCUGUUCCUUCUUCUUCACAAUUAAUUAUUUCGCUCCUUCUCAAACUUUCUAUUUUCCCUUCUCCAUCACAUUUUUGUUUUUCCUCCUCGAGUUGAUGUUUCCCCAGCUGGUUUAUGAGAUUGCCCCGCAAAAAAGGAAGAAACCUGACCCUUCUAUACUAGUAACGCGACAUACUACGGACAAGAUUUGGAGAUACACUGCUCCAUUAAGGGGUCCUUUUUACUGUCUGAUAUUCUAACUGACCAUCACAGUGUGGGUCGCUCGUAAAAGUACUGCAAGUGUCUCAGUAGUGAAGAUAAUGCAGCGAUCAAACCUUUGUUCAGUGUUCAGGCUGUAGAUAGGUUACUUUCAUUAUACCCGAAGUAAAAGCGUUAUAAUUUUUGCUUUUGGCGUUUUAUGGCAAAAAGACAAUUCAUUCCUGAAAUAAUGAGCAUAACAUCCAUUCAUUUAGUGACAUUUGUAAACGAUAAAUCUUUUUUUUUUGUCCCAAUGCUGGGACACUGAAUCCAAGAUUGUAGAAGAGAAUUUUGGAGUAACUUCAGAUUAAUGUUCUCAUGUAGGUCGCUGGUGGAUUGCUGGCUCAUCCUUGUCAAGGAGAAAUGGAAGGGAGUUUAUAGCGGCAUCCUCUGCCCAAAUGGAAAACACUAAGUUAUUGGAACUGGCACGUAAACAACGUAUGAACACUGAUAUCAGAAAGAAUGUGUUUCUUGUUAUGAUGACUAGCGAGGUGAGCAAUUUUAAACCCCUCCUCCCUUGUUUUUUACCCUUUAUACUGAGAUUUCGUGCAUCCGCGAAUGUGCGUUUGUUAUUCCAGAGUAGAGUGAAAAUGCCAACUUUAUGAUGAACUCCUACAUGACGGAAGAUACGACGCUCCUGUAAACAAAUGGCAUUGUUCGCCCCUGUGUAGUUAUAGCAAAAUUAAGGCCGGAAUCGGACCCCGAUACAAUUUACCACCUUCAUAACCAACGAUUGUUCCAGUCCCCUAAAUCGUAGUCUCACGGAAGUGACACGAAGCCUUCUCAUGGUAGUGCCUCUGAAAAGUUAAUAGUUGUUCAGUUGAUUUUCUCUAUCCAGCGGGGAGCCGCGGGUGGGCAAGGCAACCUAGCGAUGGUUUAGCAAGUGAAAAUAAGAAGCAACUUCUCUGAUUUGUUGCAGCUAAAGCUGCUUGUUCAUUUUAAAAUUACCAACACACCUCCGUCCCCAUAAUGUCUAUGUGUUUAUCGACCACGCGAUAUCCUCGAGGAGGCUUUCCCCGGUGUCAGAGAAUUACUUGUUAAAGCGGGUGUGCUUUUCUCUGUUAAGCGAGAGUUACUCUAUGUAUCUAGGAUCCCCAACUUUCAUGUACGCAACUUGUUCCUCUAUACUGUACUUUAUACAUGUCGUUAUGUCAUGAACUCAAGUAAUUCCUACUUCUUACUCCUGCUUUUGUUGUUAUCUAUAGGAUUACAUCGAUGCAUUUGAAAAUUUGCUGAGAUUGAAUCUAAAAGAUGCUCAGACUCGGGAAGUAAUUCAUGUACUUAUUGACUGUUGUGUGCAGGUUCGUAGAACUGGUGAACAGUCUCGUUUUUUGUUCAGUCAUCUAUUUGGUGAUGUGUUAAACAUGUUACCGGUUGUUUUUUCCAGGAAAGGACAUACAAUCCUUACUAUGCGUAUCUUGGCCAAAAAUUCUGUGAAUACAGUCGCAGCUAUCAGGUAAGCUAAUCCUACACUUCGAAAAACGACUACAACCUUGUAGACCAAACGUUGUCUGUUUAUCCACUCUUCAAGGAGCUUUUCGAGGACGGGUUAUAACACUGUGCGUCUUGUAAACUUUAGUUCAAUGAAAUAACCUUACAUAAUUUUCCCUAAACAGUUCAGAUCUCAGACAUGGAUCUGUGUGUCUCCUCCUUAGCUUCGCAUUAAAAAAAAAGUUGUAAAAGAAUUUUUGGUUUAUCAAAAUAGCCUGUCCAACAAGCUUUUGAUGUAGGGUUUCAGUUUUCUGCAGUCUAACUGGAACGCGCUACAUCACUUUCACGUGCGACACCCCUGAAGGUAUCUAGUUACCUUAAGUCUAGCAGACAUUCUUCACAUAGCAGAUGUCGUUCGCUCAGUUUGAUUUGUUGCUGUUUUUGUUACGUUUUUAGGCAGUAAAUCGGCUAUUUCUUCGCAAAACGCGUGAACUUUCCCGCCAUCUACUCUAUCUCUACCAAAACAACUCACCACCAGGGUUUAUCGGUUAUUGCCGCCCUUUUUUGUCUUUUUUCUAGCGUUAGCUUGUAGUAUUAACGCCAUUUCACCGGGUGUAACAAAAGUCUUUUAAAUUUGGUUAACGCUAGCAGGCUAUCAAGAAUUAGCCAAGGGAUUUGAGCCAAUUAGAUACGGAGAAGUAUUUCGAGUGAAGAUUAAGAAAGGAUGAAUCUCGAUCUUUCUCUCCCGUGGUACCAUAUAACUGACUAUCUAAUUCUUAUGAAAUAUAAAAUGGGUUUUACAUUUACUAUUAGACUCCUAAUAACCAAUGAACCGUAAAUCAAUCCCUCCAGCAAUAUCAUAAAACUUGUUAUUUAGAAAUGGCUUGAAUAAAGUCUCAUCUUAUUGUUUUGAAUAUGCACCGUUUACUACAUUCCUCGAGAGGCUUGUACGGUGGAUAGCACUAUCCACCGUAUGAACUUAGCGAAUUUUCAACUCCUGCCACGAAAUCAAGAGUUAGCUUGAUUAUUCCUAACCGACCUUCUUAAGAUCAGAGGACUGCGACGGCGGCGAAAAGUGAUUUCGGGUUCCUUAAAUCUUCAUCGUGAUUAUUCUAACUCCGUUGCUUUGUAAAAUGCGGUCGAAUUUUCGUGGAGUUAAAGUCCCAAGAGGCAUAUCCAUGGUGCAUUUCGAACCUAGACACGUGUUACUUGAUUUCCCAUCGACCGUUGGUUUACCUGAUUAUCUGAAGUUUUCUGUUGUUUAAACAUGUGCUUUUACAACCUGUGUCUUGUAUUUUUUUCAGGUUACAUUUCAGUAUUCUUUCUGGGACAAGCUUAAAGUUGUUGGUGACCUAGCGUCUCACAGUGUUGAUAAUCUGUCUUGUCUCAUGUCUCAUCUCAUCGCCAGAAGAGCUUUAUCUUUAGCAAUUCUUAAGGUAUUAAGAGUAUGAUAAACACAAUUGUCAUUUUCCUGAACACUUACAUUUAAAUCGUUGUAGUGGUUGUCGGGGAGCGUUAGAAACAGAACGAUGUUGUAUUUCCAAACAUUGAUAUUGUGUUACAUCAUGGGAGGGUUAUGGAAAGUGUUUUAAUUAAGUGGUUUUCACGAAUGUCUUUCAAAUGAUCAGGGGAUGGGUAAUGUGUUGUAGGAGCAAAAUGUUAUUGUUGAGCUUCACCUAGGUCAAACGAGAGAAAUUGGCAAAAGCUAAAAAGGAAGGUUGUUACUUUCACUGUUCAAAGUUAAGUUCAUUAACAAUACGCUGGUGAUUCACUAAAGUUUAGUAAGAAAUAGAUUUCUGAUCGUUCGAAAGCAGAAACUGGCAUUGUCGGCGAUAUUUGCCUACAUGGCUCUACUCGGGUGCGAAAGAUUUUGAACGAAAGGAGGCUCAUUAUUUUGAGAAGAAUGCAAAGGUAGUUUUAUCAACGUAUUCUUUUGUACACCGCUGGCCAUGUUUUCGAAAUAAAAUCACAGUAAUAAGACAAAAAACGCCUCAGACGUUGGACCCUGUUGAAUAGUUGGGCUUUGUGAGUGCGGACUUUUUCAAACACACAACAAGACAUUGGAACGGGAGUACAAACUUUGACUUUCAUUACCCCAGUAACUGAGGAGAUUGUAUGGACUAUGAUCUGCCGUAACAAAAGCACAAUGCCAUAUCGUUUUUACAGACAUGGUGACUGCCACUUGUUUAUGUUGUGGCUUCACCAGAAAGCCCAGCAAACAAAUGCAGUCAUCUAGGAGACCGUAAAGCUGCUGGAGUUAGAUAAGAGGGUGGCCAGUAGCUAAAAAGAAAGCUUAAAAUUGAUUCCCACAUCGUCAGAACUUCUUAAAAGUCGAACGUCAUAGGAAAUGUUGAAUUGGUUUUAUUGUAUAAAGUACUUUGAAAGUAGUUCUCAGAUUUGUACUUUCUCUGUUUUCAUGUAUAGGUUGUAAACUUUGUGGAGCUUGAUAAGCCGUCUGUUCGUCUUUUUACCAGUCUAUUUCGUCAUCUUUUGUUGGAUUACUCAACAGAUAUUACAAGGUGUGUUAAUAGUUUUUUGAACAUGCAAAACAUACGUUAAAUCCAUGCCAACAUAGCCUUUCAACAAGACGUCAAGUUACCAAUGGUAAAACUUGCAGUAAAACACGUGACGCAAAGGAUGAAGAUUGUACUUUAUGAAAUGGAGGUUGGAGCAUUCAAAAUUCAACUGUAAUACCGAAAAUCCUCUGUCCACCUCCGGGGCUUAUUUCGAAGGGGAGGUUUGUUUAAUUUAGCGAAGAUAAUGGUAUCAACUCUCCAUAAAGAACUUGAACGCAAUGUGGAAAAGCUCUCGGUCAUGAAUUUGGAGGUCAUGCAGUGAAGCAGCAAAAACAAAGUGAAUGAACCAUACUGGAUCAAUCCACCUGAAGUGUUACAGUCGUGAUUAAUUAAUACAGGCUAUCAUUUAAGAACUAGCGGGAAGGGGAGGUGGGGCUUGAAACCGAGCGGGGUAAAUUACUUUCUUCCCCUGAAAAGGGGGGCGUAGUAGAGAGAGGGUCUUGAUAGAUGAUUUACGGCAAGUAAAUUACAAUCGGCUCCCGUUAUUGCGAACUCUAUUUCGGCGGAAAUACAUCCCUCCAUGUUGGGGCUGGUGGGCAGUGACUUUACAAUUAUUAUUUUAUUUCGCUCCACAGAAAUGUUUUUGAAAGGAUUUCUGCUGUGCAAGGGCUGUCUACCCUUCGUCAAAGCCUCCGUAUUUUUAUCAAACAUUUUGUUGGAAAAGCCAAGAUAUCGAAGACUUCCAAGACUGAUAAACACACUGAGUUAAAAGAAAGGCUGCAACUUGUAGAUAGCAUUCUUGGAGCUUCCGACCGUAUCAAGUUAUAACAUUUUAUGGGUUAGCAACACGUUAUUAGGAA